UAUUGGAAGAGUUCUUUUGCUUCUUUUCAACUGAAUUUGACUUUGCUAAUUGUGUGGUGAGCAUAAGGACAGUUAGAGUUUAAGAUCUCCCCUUUGUGUGUUCAAGAUCCCUUUGAGCUUGUACAUAACUUGACACAGAACAUUACCAUGGCAACACUGAGAAACAUCAUUGAAUUGAUGAAGAUUGCUCACAAGAUUUGCCAGGAUCUGAAUAGCAGUGUUGACAAUCCAAAUCCCACUGGAAAUAAUCUCUUAAGCCUUUUUACAGUUUGUAAAUCUUCUAAAAAGAAGAAACAUUCUCAGCGCCAUGAUUUCUUCGUUAAGUAUCAAAACAAAAGUUCUCAAGCACUGGACACAGGUUGUGUUGACAACCUGAGUAAACCCCACGCAGUUUUUGUGUCUGUUCUAGAGACAUUAGAAAGGGAGUAUGGAUUUCAGUUUAAAGUUAAAAGUUCUGCUAAGAUGCCCUGCUCUAUUGUGGAAGAAUCUGGUGUGCUUAGCAAAAUUCAGGGUGUCAAAACAUCACUGGUGCCCCAGCUUUCUGGCCACAUCUCUGCUGCAGAUUGCAGCAACACCAAAAAUGAAGCAAGGAUAUCAGAGAAAGUAAACAAAUUUAACAAUGAGUUUUCAGCGAUUUGCAAAGCCUUUGAAAAUACGUGGACCCAUUGUCGAAGAGAACAGCGCAGGUCCCUUCAGCCUCAGAAACACGGUAAUGGGAACAACGAUAAUCCAAGCAAAGAUAAAUUAUAUGAUACAAGAUCAGGUCAAUUGUUAGAAGGAUGUAACAAUCAGGUUGAGGAGUUUGCAAAUGCUCCUGCCACUGCCCAUCCACUUCUCAGUUUCGAAUUGAAUGUAAGAAGUUUCCCUCAAAAGGAGGUCAAAAAUGGUUGUACUGUCCUCAUGGAACAUGUUGAAAGUAAAGAAUCUCAGCUAUUUGGAAACUUCUUUUCUGCUUUCAAGAAGUAUUUCUUGAGUUUAGUAACAAAGUAAAGGGUUUGUUAGCAAGCAGGGCACUAUAUAGAUAUAUGUACCAAAUAACUGUAAACUUUAUACAAAAUAAUUAUUUAUAACUUUAAAAAAUUAUUAUUUUUACAUGUAGAUAAAUGUUCCACCACACUUAAAAACUUCUGUUCUUUUUCUGCAGUACUAUACGCAAGAUAUUCACUCAAGAACUGCUUUCAUGAAUUUCCUGUGAUUGUGGGUUAAAACUAAACUACAAUAUUAUGCAGCAGGGAUGUUGAUAAUUCAAUUAUCAGUCAAAUCUUUAUGUAUUAACAUGGAAGAUACAUUUUGAUAUUCCAAUAGAUAAUUAUUAAA